AUGGCGGGGGCUCCCAUUCUCCUCCGGCGGGUCCACGUCUACGCCCAGGGCCCACCCCCGCGGCCGGGACGUGCGGGCGCCCGGGACCCGGCGGGGGCCAGGGGCCCUCUGGAAGGCGGGAGCACUCGCGGGGGCGGGGCCGUGGGCCGGCCUGGGGGACCGGCGCGAAGUGGAUCCGGGUGGAGGCCGGAGGCCCCCGGGCCGCCGCCUCGCCUGAGCCUGCCCUAUCCACAGGGCCCUCCCGUGGGCGGCAGCUUCGCGGGCCUGGAGUUCGCACUGCCGCAGGAACCGGAGCCGGGGGCUGCGGACCUAAGAGCCCCGGGGACGUGGGCGGGGGUGGCAGCGAGGCUCCCGACGCCGUCGGUGCACAUCCCGGUGCCAGCGCAGAGAGCCACCCCGGGAAAAGCCCGGCUGGAGGAGGUCAUGGCCACCCCAGCCAGCCGGUCCACCAGCCCCCUCUUGCUGGGGGCCACGGCUGCAGCCUCCAGCCCAGAGCCCGGCUUGGAGCCCUGGAAGGGGGUGUCGGUGCAGCCGCCGGGCAGCUACAGCAGCAGUCACAGCGGGGACUGGGGCUGGGAACUGGGCAGCGACCAGUCCUCUCUCUCCACACCGUCACCCCCUCUGCCCCCUGAGGCAGCCCACUUUCUGUUUGGGGAGCCCACCGUGGGGAACAGGAAGGUGAGGAGCUGCACCUGGGGGUGUGGGUGGGGCCGGCCCGGGCUGCAGCUCCUUCCCUGUCCACACAGGCGGCAGGCAGAACCGGAGCAGAGUGAUGGCGAGGAGGACUUCUACUACACCGAGGUGGACGUUGGUGUGGACGCACUGACCGACGGGCUGUCCGGCCUGUCGGCCAUGUCCCCCACAACCUGCAUGCCACCCACUAGUCCCCGUCUGGAACUGCCCGGGUUGCUGGAGGGCCCGGCCCUGCCCUCCACACUAAGCUCUGUGGGUUCCUUUCAGACUUGGCACAGUGACCAUGCCUGCCAAGUGUGCGGGCCCACAGGGAGCAGCUGGGGGCUGGUCUUGGGGCCCUCUGGAGGGGAUCAAAGCCCUGGCUGUGUCUCCCCCCAGGGCUGCCUGCACCCCAGCCACCUGGAGUCACAGCCCGCCGAGGUCAGGGCCUGCGCUCCAGCCCUGUCCCCUAAGCUUGGUGCCAGCCUGAGGUGCGCGUGUGUAGGGGGGCUGGGGCAGGUGCAGACCAACAGCGCCCCUUGCCCCCAUGUCCCCCCCAGGAGGCCCCGUGGGGAUGCCAAGAAAUGCCGGAAGGUGUAUGGCAUGGACCACCGGGCCCUGUGGUGCACCGCCUGCCGCUGGAAGAAGGCCUGCCAGCGGUUCCUGGACUGAGCACCCCCCCGGCUGCGCAAGGGGACCCUAGUUGGACCUCCUUCGUGAUGGGGGUUGGUGACCCCAGGCCUCCGAGGUGGGGGAGGGGUGCCACCACUCAAAGUGCCUCUGAGGGUACCAGCUUUCUGCAGGACGCCAGCCCACUCCACUGUCCCCUCAGUCUCGGGGGCAGCCACCCUGCCCACCUGUUGCCCCAAGAACUGGAGGGUACUGAGGGGCCAGGAUCCCAGGCACUGUGAGGAUGUGGGGGGGCCCCUGCCUGCAGCUGACAAGAUGGUCUGAGGGCUGGCAUUCCACGUUUGCGAAGCUCAGGUCUUAUGUCUGGCCUGCACCAGGCGAGAAGAAAAAUUAAAGAUUUGAGGUUUUCCCAGAGCUGUGCCUGACUCCUGGGGGAAGAAGCUGGCAGCAGUGGAAGGCCCUGAGGCUGGAGGGCCCCCUGUGCACCGCCUGGGGCCAGAGAGGGACUCCUCCCUCUGAAACACACGGAGGCACCUGCUUGGAGCAGCAACCUGCCCAUUUAUUGAAAGCGAUCGCUUUGCCAGAAUGUCUCCGCUAAUCUUGUCACCAGACGAGAAGCCACAGGCAGGCCUGGAGCCCUCAGAGGAGGUGACGCCUGCCUGCCCUGGGGCUACAGAGACCAGUACUUCACUACCAGUGGGUUACGGACACGCCCAGAUAGUAAACACGUCUGGGAUACAAACACAGGCUGCGAGGGGUUAAUAUAAAGCCGAUAUAAUAUGGAUUAUCCCCAGAGAACACAGGUCUCCAACACCGCCCCUUUCUGCCCAUUUUGUUGACAGGUGGAAAGCACAUUGAAAAAAUAAAUAUUUAAGAAAAGCA